CGUCGUUCCUUGAAGCUCGAGCCCGAAACGCCAUCAGAGACAUGGAAGUGUUUCAGCGAUUGGCGCAUCGUCGCGGCUCUCAAGUGCCGUAACACCUGUCUGUGCGCGUACAAGAUUUGCGACUUUGGAUCUGGCCUGGUUUUUUUCCCCCGUAAGUCAGCUAGGGAGACUGUUUCGAAGAUGCCGUAGAGCUCAACUCAAGUGCGACGGUAUGGUGUGUGUCGAAGUGCGUUCGUCAUUUCCUGCUAAACUCGCGGUGGGACUUGGAGGGCAAAGCACUCUGAGAUAAUAAGAGACCUGGAAUAGGUCCUGGAACACUGCUUCUCAAGCAUACCAACAGUUGAUUCCGAGCGCAUCAGAGGUCUACAUGGGUGAUAGGUGUUGCCAAGAAAACAUUUCCCAUUCAAUUAGAGGCGGGGAGUUGUCCCCGCUCGAGAAGCGGAGACUCUUUCCCGCUGCUCCCAUGCUACAAACCGAGGCUAUGCUCUCACACUCUGGGAGACUGGCGGGUAUAAAACACGGGGGUGCUGCACGGCUUUCCUCAACCGAUUCUAGAGAUGCUUUUCCAGAUCGUAUUCGGUGCUCUUUUCCUCCUCCGCGGAACGCAUGGGGUCUUUAUCGAGGGUGCCGGCAAUAUCAAUGGGGCUCCCGGCUGCAUCGCCGCCACCUCCAACUCCGAUGGUGCGGCUCUUGUCCUCGAGACCUGUGACACCACCAACAACCCGGCCAACGAGAAUUGGGAGCUCGGGUUCUUCACCAAGUUCGAUGCCGGUCCCCAGCCGAUCAAGGUGUUCGGCGACAAGUGCAUUGACGUCACGGACGGCGUUGUGGCGAACGGCACCAAGUUGCAGAUCUGGACGUGCGUGGACGGGAGCGCGAACCAGCAGUGGAUCUCCGUGAAAGACAGCACUUUGCGCCUUAACGGCACGAACAUGUGCAUCGACUGGACCGGCGGGAGCACCACCCCCGGCACCCCGCUGCAGCUCUGGACGUGCGCGUUCCGGAACACGAACCAGAUCUGGGGCGGCCAGGCCGAGUCGCGCGCAUCGGGGAGCAUCCUCGCCACCGUCAGUGAGUGCCCGGCUCCAGCGUGCGGAGAAAAGACCACCACCGAGCUGACGUGCUUUGUCCAUGCAGUCUCGCACUCGCCGACGGACAACGUCGCGCACUGCAUCGCGGCCGAGUCCAACGCCGACGGCGCGGCGGUCGUCAUCGCGGGCUGCGUCCAGGUCAGUAUCACCGACCAGCUCCCGAACGGGAACAACACGUGGACCGCGCCGACGGCGGGGUUCACCGGCCCCAUCACGACGUACGAUAACAAGUGCCUCGACGUGACUGACGGCUCAGCCGCCAACGGCACGAAGCUGCAGAUCUGGACGUGUGUUCCCGGGAGCAAAAACCAGAUGUUCACGAAUAAUGGGAACCAGCUCGUGUGGGCUGGAACGAACCAGUGCGUGGAUCUGACAGACGGAAACCUCGAGGGUUUCAACCAGCUCCAAAUGUGGGGCUGCAAUCCCAUCUCUGGAGAUAACAACAACCAAGUCUGGAUAGUCACUGGGACCGACUUGUGAUGCGCUAGAGCUUGCACGCACAUUAAUCACGGACGAUGUACCUAAAACUUACCUGAAUCUCCACUAAAUCGGCAUGAAAUCCUCAGCAUUCACAAUCUUUUCAAAGUUCGCGGAGCCCAUUGAUAUUUUGUCAAAACUAGAUGAAGACUUGUACACGACUUCAUGGAAACGUGACUCAAAAAGCAUUGACUGUCCCCGUCGACGGAGAAACGGCGAUUGUGCCCCAGGGAGCAGCCCCGUUCACCCCUUCUGUGGUGACGGCCGUCCAGGACGAGCUGUUGUAACCGGGAGUCUGGAACCCGGGCGGAAGUGACGCACUUCCCGGCCACAGCCAGGAUCCAUCGCUGGCAAGGUACGCUUCACCGGUGCAAUUGCACGACGUCUGCACGAGGUUGAUCUCCGCCGCGAAAAUGAGGCCCGCGGGGUUCGGGACGGUGAGGAUGUUGGUCGCCACCACGGCGAAGACGACCUGCUGCGCGGCGCUGAGGUUGAUGCUCCAG